GUCAACUUUUUGGUCAAAACAACAACAAAAUAUGUUGACACCAUCUUCUGCAUGUCAAUCUUCCAGAUGGUCGAAUUUAAUGGGUUUAAGAUCGAUCUGCUGUCACUGAUUCCCAGAUGUGAAAUUUGCCAGCAUCAUUUUGAUACAUUCCUUCGGUCCCCACAGAUCCUUCCCUGCAGUCAUACGUUCUGUCUGAUGUGUAUCAGUAAAGUAAAAAAUUUUUUUAACGCUUUUUUUUCUUGCUUUAUUUGGAUUUUAAUAUUUAUUAGGCGUUAA